AUGAUUACAUGUACUGAUAAACUUCCUAAGAAAUUUACAGCAAAUGAGAUUGCAAAGUUGCCGGAGAAUGUAAUUGUGAAAGGACCAAAUGGAAUUAUAUGGCAUGUCAGCUUACUGAGUAAUGACAGCAAUCAUCUAAUGUUAACUGGAGAUGUUUGGAAAGAGUUUGUCAAAGCUUACUCCUUGCAAAAGAACGACCUUGUUAUCUUCAAGUAUGACAGAACUGACAAAUCUUUUGAGGUGUUUUUCAUUGAUCAAACUAAUUCAUGUGAGCGAGAAUCAUCUUAUUUUGUGAGAAAAUUUGAACAACCUCAAUAUAAUGGUGGUUUAGAUGAACAAGCAAAGAGUGACUCAUAUAUCAUUUGUUCUUCUGACAGCACUGCUCACGCAGAUCAUGAUCUUGCUGAGAAACAGGAUGAAGAUGAACGCAGGGAAUCAAACAAAGACAGAUCUACUUCAAAACAGCAGAAUUCUUUGAAAGAAAAUGAAAGUACACCAAAAGAAGCCCCAUCUAAUUUUUUGAGGAAAAGGAAGUCCACUAGAUUUGAUAAAGAUGAAAGGGAUAAACGAAGGGCAUUCAUUGAAGAUGAUUCCACUUUAAAGAAGAACAAUUCUUCGAAAGUGAAUGGCAGUAAUUCGAAGAAGACUCAUUCUUAUUCUGCUGCUUGUGAUAACAAUAGUGAUGAUGUUCCACUCCAUGAGAACAUGAAAAGAAAGAGCUCCACUGAUGUCAGCCACCCUAUUUUGGUCUCUGCCUUCAUAUUCCAGAGUGAUGCUGCCCAUCUCCUGCAUAAGUCCCCUGCAUUUCAUGGUCAGGAACUUCUUCUAUUCCAUAUAGAUGGACCAGAGAGCAAAGAUAAAAAUAACAUUCCAUGGGAGACCAUUGAGGGAGUUGUUGCUGCUGCAUGCUAUAGAUCAAACAGAAGGCCUGUAACGGAUGCAGAAAAAGAAAAGGCUUUGGCGUUGGCAAGUAAAAAUGCCAUCGGUGAAAGCUUCAUCAUGGUCAUGAGACCUUCGCAUGUAUAUAAGCGUUUUUCACUGGUAAUUCCUCAAAACUGGAAGCCUAAAGGUUUUUCACGUGAUAAAAGACAAGAUGUGAUUCUUAGAACCAAUAACAAUACAUGGGUGGUUAGCUUCUGUACUUCCAACAACCAUGGAUAUGGAGGAUUUGAAGGUGGAUGGAAAAAAUUUGCAUUUGACAAUUUCUUGGAGGAAUUCGACUUGUGCUUGUUCGUGCCUGGUGGCCAAGAGAACAAGCGUUUUGUUCUGGAUGUUAGCAUUUUCCGAGUUGUUCCUGAAAUUACUCCACUUAGCCCUAGUCGCGAGCUUGUUGUAGUCGGUCCUAAAGGGAGAAUGAAGAAAAAUGUAAAAGAUUCUGCUCGUGAGCGAAAUGGUAAAAACCUGCCUGACUGUGCCGUAACAGAAUCUUUUUCUCAACCCUAUCAGGAGGCCCAAGCAAUGCCCAAGGACUCCCAUGCCUAUCCGGAUCAUUGGUCAACUACUUUCAAGUUCCGGCCAGAAUGA